AGCAGCCGGAGGAGAAAGCGGAAGUGUUGAUGCGGAAAGCGGGCGAGAGCCGCAGUGACUCAGCAGAGUUUUGCGUGAAAAACACACGACAAAGUGAUGGCGGCGGAUGAGUCUCCGGCGUCUCCGUCUGAGCUCUCCGAGUGUUUCUCAGCAGAGGAUUAUGCAGCGGAGUCUCUGGCUGCAGAUCUGGACCCCUGGAUCACCUUCGACGCCCGUAAGACGCCGCGUGCAGAGUUCAGCAGCUGGCUCCAGUCCCACCGGCCCUCCAGCGUCAGCCGUUACGGGGACGGGGAGGCCGGUGCGGGGCCCGUGGGCUGGAUCGCGGUGCGGGGCCCGGACUACAGCGAGCAGAGCGGGGACGUGGAGGGCCUGCAGGACAGCUGGGAGACGCUCCUGACCAGCGGACGCUCCGUCUCCUUCCAGAACAUCCGCGAGCUGGCGCUCAACCACAGCGUGCUGGACGGCAAGUGGCUGAUGCACCUCGACACCGGCUUCAAGGUGGACCGAGCCUGGGAGAGCAUCGCCCGAGCCACAGUGCUGGAGGGGAAGAUCUGGUCCGCUAAGGUGAGCCCGCGGGACCCUAGCUCCAACUCCAGACACGUCAUCUGCGUCUACAACCAGAACUUCACGGAUGAGGAGCAGGUGGUGCGGCUGGACUCCGCCAUACGGGCCGCCGGGGUCAAGUGUGUGCUCUACUACAAGCCCGACGUCUACACGUAUCUGGGCAUCUACAGGAACAACCGCUGGAAGCUCUGCCCCACCAUCUACGAGAGCAUGUUUGACCUGGAGAGCGUCCCGCGCAGAUCACACAUCCUCAACAAGGUCACCAACCUGGAGCUCAGCUAGCUCUGCGGCGUUGUGGCAGCGUUGCAGGAGCAUUUCUGGAACGUUCUUUAAGCCUUUCUGGAACAUUUAAGGAGCAUUGCUUGAAUGUUGCUGAAACAUUUUCUGGAGCAUUUCAGGAACGUUUCUGGAAUGUUGCUAAAGCGUUUCUGGAGUGUUUGCUGGAGCAUUUCAGGAAUGUUGCUGGAACAUUUUAGAAGCAUUCCUGAAUCGCUCCAGAAGCGUUUCUGGAAUGUUGUUGAAACGUUUCUGGAGCAUUUAAGGAAUGUUUCUGGAACGUUUUGGAAGCAUUGCUGGAAUGUUGCCGAAAUGUUUUUGAAGCAUUUCAGGAAUGUUUAUGGAGCAUUUCAGAAAUGUUGCUGGAACUCAUUUGAAGCGUUGCUGGAAUGGUGCUAAAACGUUUCUGGAGCGUUUCAGGAAUGUUUCUGGAGUUUUUGCUGGAGCGUUUCAGGAAUGUUGUUGAAAUGUUUCUGGAGCGUUUCAGGAAUGUUUCUGGAACGUUUUAGAAGCGUUGCUGGAAUGGUGCUAAAACGUUUCUGGAGCGUUUCAGGAAUGUUUCUGGAGUUUUUGCUGGAGCGUUUCAGGAAUGUUGUUGAAAUGUUUCUGGAGCGUUUCAGGAAUGUUUCUGGAGUUUUUGCUGGAGCGUUUCAGGAAUGUUGUUGAAAUGUUUCUGGAGCGUUUCAGGAAUGUUUCUGGAACGUUUUAGAAGUGUUGCUGGAAUGUUGCUAAAACGUUUCUGGAGCGUUUCAGGAAUGUUUCUGGAGUGUUGCUGUAAUGCUGUUGGAGCGUUGCAGGAGGGUUUCUGGAAAUUUGCCAAAGCAUUGCAGGAGUGUUGAUGGAGCAUUGAUGAAGAGUUGCAGGAGCGUUGAUCAAGUGUUGUUAGAGAGUUGCAGAAGCGUUAAUCAAGUGUUAUAGGAGAGUUGCAGGAGCGAUUCUGGAGCAUUGAUCAAGCAUUGAUGGAGCAUUGCAGGAGCGUUGAUUGAGCAUUGCUGGAGUGUUCUCUUUUUUCUGUUGUGAUGCAAUACUCUGCAUGCAGACUUGUGUACAUGUAAAUACGCAGCCCGAGUGUUGAAGGGCUUUGACAGAUUUUUUUCUGUGUUUGUUGGAGUUCUUUUAAAACCUUUUUUAUAUUUAAAGCAUAAUUUUGUUCAAUAGUUCAUUUUGCCAAAUAAAUAAAUAAAUAAUGGAGACAUUUGAAA